AUGUCCGCCAGCGCACUCAGAGCCUCCCUCCGCAGGGCACCCCUCAACGCCGCACGCCCCGCCCGCGCCCUACGCACGGCAGGUGUCCGCAGGUACACCACCGAGGUGCCCAAGCCGGAGGCUCCGAAGAAGAGCAACACCGCGCUCUAUGCCGGCCUCGGUAUCGCCGCCGUCGGUGGCAUUGCGUUCUACAUCUAUGCCAGCAGCUCGGACACCGCGAAGGAGGCGGGCACCGUCGCCAAGUCCGGCGCGCAGGCGGCGAAGGUCGCGGCGAACUUCGUCCCCUCGAAGGAAGACUACGAAAAGGUGUACAAGAGAAUCGCUGAGGUCCUCGAGGACGCUAGCGAAAAGGGCUACGACGACGGCUCCUACGGCCCUGUCCUCCUCCGUCUCGCAUGGCACGCCUCCGGCACCUUCGACAAGGAGUCUGGCACCGGUGGCAGCAUCAAGCAGGAGUUCCCUUGGAUCUCCUACGGUGACCUCUGGACCCUCGGCGGCGUCUGCGCCAUCCAGGAGAUGGGCGGCCCCAAGAUCCCUUGGCGCCCCGGCCGCAUCGACGGCUUCGCCCAGCAGGCGACGCCCGAUGGUCGUCUGCCUGACGCCGCACAGGGUGCUCAACACCUGAGAAACAUCUUCUACCGCAUGGGCUUCAACGACCAGGAAAUCGUAGCCCUCUCCGGCGCACACGCCCUCGGGCGCUGCCACCGCGACCGCUCGGGCUUCGAGGGCCCCUGGACGUUCUCGCCCGUGACCGUCUCGAACGAGUACUUCCGCCUCCUCGUCGAGGAGAAGUGGCUCUGGCGCAAGUGGGACGGCCCGAAGCAGCUCCAGGACAAGACGACCAAGUCAUUGAUGAUGCUUCCGUCGGACUAUUCGUUGAUCCAGGACAAGAGCUUCAAGAAGUGGGUCGAUACGUACGCGAAGGACCAGGACAAGUGGUUCGAGGACUUCUCUAAAGCGAUCUCGACCCUCUUCGAGCUUGGCGUGCCCCGCGCGCAGUUCGUCGCCUCGGAGCCCUGGGUUAUGGGCGGCGAGCAGUGA